AUGGCAUUUAGGUGGAGGAGAGCUGCAAAACAAAAUCCAGCAGGCUGGAUCCAUGGAGUGAUGCCUAUUGUAAUUUCCUGGUGUCUUUGGAAAGCAAGGUGUUCGGCAAGGAUGGAAGGGGUUCUGUUUCAGGUAAUGAGUAUUAUUCAACAUGUGAAAAUUAUGAUUAAAAAUAUUUCCUGCAACGUGAAUAAGUUCCAGGCUAUAAAGAAGACUGAUUUGUUAGUUAUGAAGGGGUUGAAUAUUCCGAUUGUUCCUAUUAAAAACAUACAAGUGACCUUUGUGAAAUGGGAGUGGCCGAGAAGGGGAAUGGUAAAAUUGAAUGUUGAUGGUGGGGCUCGAUUAAAUCCCAGAGAGGCGGGAGGUGGGGCUUUUAUUCAAGACUACAAAGGUAAAUGCAUUGCUGGAUUUGUGCACCAUUACAGGGUUGCUACAAAUACGGUUGCUGAAUGCUGUGCUUUAUUAGAUAGUUUGAGGAUUUGUAAAAACUUAAGGCUUCAUAAUGUUUUGGUAAAGUUAGAUUCUUUGGUUAUCAUGAGUUGGCUUGCCUCCAGAAUUUGCCGACUUUGGUUUCUUUGGAAUUUUUGGGAGGAGAUAAAGGAGAUCUCAAUGGAGAUUAAUGCACGUUUUAGACAUGUGUUUCGUGAAGCUAAUAUGGUAGCGGAUUUUUUAGCAAAGAAGGGGACAAUGGGGGAUAAUACAAACUUUGUUGGUUUGGAUUUUGAGUGUACUCGACUUAGCGGAUUGAUUCGCAUGGAUCGGUUGGGAUUGGUUUUUAUUAGAGAGAAAUGA